AUGGAAACAAGGGACAUGGCAACUACUUAUAAUCACCUACGAAUCAUGUCAUUUCGAUCAUUAGUUGUGAUUGUCACGAUUCUUCUAUCUGUAUUUAUUGCUCGAUAUUAUAUACCAGUACGUUCACCUGGUCCUAUGGGACAUCCAUGGAAAUAUCGAAUUAUAUCUGGUACUUUUGCAUUUAUACUUGACUUUACUCACUUCUUCGAACCUAUCAUCGGCAUUCCAUAUUAUACUCUAUUGAAUAUAAUUGUUGAUUCGUUUGAUCCUAUUAAAAUACGUCCAUUCGAUCAUGGUGAAGUGUUAUAUCAUGAUCAGUACAUUGCCAAUGUUCUUGUUCGAAUGUAUACACCAACAAAUCGUUCGAAAGAAUCUUUAUUACCAGUGAUCAUAUUCUUUCAUGGUGGUGGUUUUUUUUUCGGAAGCAUUUAUUCACACGAUACGAUGAACUAUCAUCUGUCUAUGUAUACAGGCGCUAAAGUCAUCGCUGUCAAUUAUCGUUUAACUCCCGGAGUUCAUUAUCCAACACCGAUUGAAGAAGGUGUCAGUGUAGCUAAAUAUGUAAUGGAUAAUUAUCAAGAAUUUUCAAUUGAUCCUACACAUGUUUUUCUGUGUGGUGAUUCGGCAGGUGGAAACAUGGCAGUUGUAGUAGAAAGACAUCUUCGUCGUCAACGAAAACCAGUUGUACGUGGUGUUCUUCUUCUCUACCCAUUGUUGCAACUUGUACAUUAUCGUCUCGCGUCUUAUCAAACUUAUUUACCUUAUCGUCUCCUGUCACUACUUCGUGAAGAUAUGCUUGUCCAAGUUGCGAACUUCUAUGUGAAUACAUCAUUUUCUCAAGACGAGCUUUUCCAUAAUCGACAUUUAUCGUUGAGCGAUUACGAGAAAUUCUAUUCGAAACUCAAUUUAUCCAGUCUAGAUACGAAUUAUGAUGAUAUUCGUAAACAUAAUUAUUUAUCUCAGUCCUCACAUCCAGAUACAUGGAAAUUAUUUGAUGAGAACAUUUCACCUUUACUCGCUGAUGAUGAAAUUCUACAUAAUAGUCCAGCAACAUUUAUUGUUGCAUGUACAUACGAUGUACUUCUUUCCGAUGCUCAAUUGUAUUUUGAACGUUUACAACGAUUGAAUGUUAAAGAUGUCAUCUAUCGAGAAUAUCGCAUCUUUCAUGGUGUAAUGACAUUUGUUGAUUUUCCGGUUGCUUUUAAUGAAGCUUUUGAAAUUAUUAGCGACAGUGCUCAAUUUGUAAUCAAUCGAACUGCGCAGUAG